UCCACUCUGCUUCUCUUAUCCAGAUCGCCAUUCCUCAUCUCAUCCUAUCUAGCGCUGGUUCUCUUCCUCCUCUCCAUCCAACCCAGCCAGAACAACCGCACGUGCGCGGGCCCGUGAUGGUUGGGCCAGAGCCAGGGCAGCACAUGGCGAAGAACCUGAGGACGCCAUGGCUGGCGCCUUGGAGCUCCCCUACCCUGCCGUCGGCCUAAUCUGGUCGUCCGCCCCAGUCACCGGCCCCGUGCUUCUGAUCUGGCCAAAUCGACAUGCCGCGCCCUCGCAUGCAUCGACCUAGCAGCACGCUCCUUUCUCCUUCCUCUCUCCCUUCCCUGCUUCUCAGUUCUUUCUCUUUUCCUUGGCCAUGCAGGGAGCACCCGCAGGGAGCCUCGCCGUUGCUGCCAUCACCCGGACAUGUCGCGCCGCCGUCUCCUCCGACCCGGACAUGUCGCGCCGCCACCUCCUCCGAGUUCGCCGGCCGCUGGCGCUCGUCCUCCCCUGCAACCCCUGCCUCGCCAUGCGUGAGGACAAUGAUGUCAGCAUGCCUCCAUCGACCGUCCCGGGCCGUCCUUCUCGCCUCGCUCGCGUGGGCCGCACUGCGCGCGGGCAAGCCGGCCCUUGCCGGUGGAAGUGUCGGGUGCCGCUCGGGCUAGAGUUUAUUUAUUCCUUUGCUCCCUCACUUGCGGGAUUAAUUCCUUUGUUUGGAGAGGCGACAUCGAGGAAGAGGCCGGGGUUGCGGAGGACAACGACGCAGCUUGGCUGGGGCCUCGGGGUGGCGCGCGGAGAUGCGCGAUGGGCGCUGCUGGUGGUCGCCGGCGACGGCGGGUGGAGAAGGAAAAAAUAGAAAAAAAGUCGUUCUAUGCAGGACCAAGCCCAGCAACGAAACUAACGAAUCUAGGAGUUAGGUAAACGAUUUUCGUACGAUGUAACGAAGAACAAACCGCGGCGGAGCAAUAAUACCACCUCGGAUGUAGAAAAUAAUGUAGGUGAAAAAAAAAUUGAAAGCGUAAAUUCAUAGGAAGAAACAUAUUAUGACGGUGAA